AUGGGCAACGAAACAACACUAGUCAUAUGUUUCGGCAUCAUCACCAUCAUCGCCACCGUCGCCGGUCUUCACUAUCGAGAUUCAUUGUGCUGUCUCAUGUGCCGAAGCCUAGUAGGAGCAUGGUCUACUACUGCCGUCAUCGCAGUCAAGAUGAGGAUGGAUCGAGCAUAG